CCAGCAUCCCUUGCGCGCGGAAUGGCGGGUCGUGGCAUGAAGUGGUAAAGUAUCCUGCGCGUUCAGUCGUUUACCCGUUACCGUCAUGUCGUCGUUUGUGACAGAAGUGCUCGCCAGCUCAGGAAAACUGGAGAAAGAUGACCUCGCCUGCAAAGUGUCCAAAUUGUCACGGAAAGUGGAAGAAACGAAGGAAGAGGUUACAGACAUGAUAAAUAAAAAAUAUAUUGAGUUUAUGCCCAGUAUGGAGGGAGCAGAGGAGCUUUUGGAGCAGGUUGAAUCAGUUUCCAAAGACAUUGAUUUAUUAAAAAGCUGCAUUGAGAAUGAGGUUCAGCAGAACCUCCAUGAUGCCGUAACAGAGUAUGCUAAGCUUAAACAGCAGCUAGAGAAAAACACUGCAGUUAUAGACCUACUCCAGCAUCUCCAAGAGUUUGACACGGCAAUAGAGGAGUAUCACAGGGCCUUGCAGGAAAAAAACUAUGUGGUUGCAGCCAAGCAACAUGGAAAGGCACGAGCUAGUGUCGAUGCCCUGAAAGCCUGGAAAGACACAGAGUUGCCUUUAGUUCAUGCCCUCAGCUCAGAGAUCACAAUACAGAGAGAGAAUCUCAUCUACCACCUUGGGGAAGAGUGGCAGAAACUGGCAGUCUGGAAACUUCCUUCCACUAAAACCGAGCUCACUAGUGUGAAGUCUUUCCUGAAGACAGCACUUCAUUUGAACAGAGGAGGUUCUAAGGGAGAUGAAUCUGUCCCACAUGUCCUUCUCCCCAGCAUUCUCCAAGCCCUCUCCAUUCAAGGAGAGCUUCAUAAAAAGAUUAAACUCUUUGGGCAAGUGUUGUUUAAGUACAUGCUGAAGCCUCUGAUCAUAUACCCCUCAUUGGUGGUUGAAGUGAGCAGUCAGCCGGAGCAGGGGGCUGUCUUGAGCCUGCAGUGUACAGAAACCAAAGCAGAGCAUCCUGAUCCCAGCCAGGUUUAUACCAAAGUGCUCACCGUGCUUAAAACACUACAUGAACACCUUUUUGAUGUGUCUAUAGAUGAAAAGAAAGUGUCUGAGAUUUUAGGAGACCUGAUAUGGGAGGAGAUGUCUGAAUGCAUCAUUCGUGAAUGCCUGGUUCAUUCCAUACCGGCUAACAGUAGUCAGCUAGCUGAGUAUAGCGAGGUCAUUAAACAGACUGAAGAUUUCGAGAGCAGUCUGAAAGAAAUGGGCUACCUCGCAGGGGACUCAACGGACCUCUUAAAAUACGCCAGGAACAUCAACUGCCACUUUGCAAGCAAAAAAUGCCAAGAUGUCAUUGUGGCUGCACGGAAACUGAUGACAUCUGAGAUGCACAACACAGUGAAAAUCACUCCAGAGUAUAAACUCUCUAUCCCUAAACUACCAAGUCCCAGUGGAGGAGAGAAGGAGAGGAAGGAGUCUAGUAAGAAAAGGGCCCAUUACGAUCAGCAGAGCCUGGAAAACGAGAAGCAGCUGAGUCCCAACACUCUGUGUUUACCUGUGUGUCGCAUUAGUGAGUCAGUGCAGCAGCUCAUGGAGCUUGCCAUUCAAACUCUGUCUGAGGUGGUGGGCAGCUCACCCCAGUGGUAUGUAGCAGGCAUUACAGACACUACAAUUAAAGGGAUAGUU